AUGCCUUUCAACUUGCCUAUAUUUACCUUUCAACUAAUUGAUUUUACAGGACAUAUUCCAAUUGCCUUGGGUAAUCUUGGAUUUCUAGUAUUGCUGGACAUAUCGGAUAAUGAUUUAAGCAGCACACUGUCAUCCUCGAAAAGCAGCUUGAGUUACUUGUCAUUUGCAAGAAAUUCAUUGAUCAGUGGUUACCUUCCGGCUUCUAUAGGAAAUCUGUUGCAUUCUCUUCAAUAUUUCAAUGCUUCGAGCUGCAACAUUAGUGGCAGCAUUCCAGGGGAAAUUGGGAACUGGUAUGUUGACUAUGUGGAUUUUUCAGGAAAUCUUUUUUCGGGUACAAUUCCUGAUAGAAUUUGCGAUCGAAAUAAUGAUUUGAGAUAUCUUGCCUUUAAUGACAAUCAAUUGGAAGGGAUUCUGCCACUAUCUUUGAUUAAUUACAGUGUACUGGUAUCUUUGAAUGUUGCAGACAACAACUUAAGUGAUACCUUUCCCCAUUGCUUAUUGCCAACCAAGUUCUUCCAAAAUCUCAAGGCUCUGAAAGAAGUUGGAUAUGGAUAUGAAUCUGAAUAUGACUAUGAAUAUAGACAUGGUAGUUGGAGAGAUAGAUGGCUUCAAGCACUCAAUCUCUCUCAUAACAACCUGACUGGUCCUAUCCCACCGUCAUUUGGGAAUUUGGCCGUAUUUGAAUCAUUAGCUCUCUUAUUUAAUAAGUUGAGUGGCAUAAUCCCUUCCCAAUUGACAAAUUUGACAUUUCUUGACGUGUUAAGGUUUUGGAACAAUAAUCUUGUUGGACCCAAUCCUAGUGGAAAGCAGUUUAACACAUUUGAGAAUGAUACUUAUAGAGACGAGAUAAUUAUAGCGAAAGUUUUGCGAAGCCUGACGACAAAAUUUGAUCAUGUUAUAGCUGCUAUUGAAGAAACCAAAGAUCUGUCAGUUCUCUCCGUUGAUGAACUGAUGGGGUCUCUUCAAUCUCAUGAGGCGAGAAUCAACAGAUCAAUAGAAAAGAGCGAAGAGUAG